GCUGGAGCGGAGGAAGGAUCGCGGCCUAGGCGAGCGAGCGCCGGCACAGCCGGGGACAAGAGGAGCCGGUGGGCGGACUCCAUCCGGAGCCAUCCUGGCCGGGCGCCUCAGCGGACACUCCUCCUCCGACUAUUCCUCCUCCUCCCGGCUUCCGUAGCGGUUGGCUGGAUCGCCUCUCCUCAACGCUCCCAGUGCUCCCAGUCCCAAUCCAGUGCCAUCCGCGCCUCGGACCGCGGCGCUUCUCUCGGGGACCCUCCCCUUUAUACGCGGCGGGCUCUUGGAGACCCAGGGCGGCCUAUAUUGCGGUCUCCCCCCGGGGGUUGGGGGGUCCCCGGGGCCCUCGAAGGGACGCCCCCCUCCGCGGCCGCUUCCUCCGCAAAGGCCGCCAUUUUCUCCCUGUUAUAUUGUCCCUACCUGGCCGCGCUUAACCCUCUCGCUGCCGCCGGAUAAUGCGCCGCCGCCGCCGCCUUCGCUGGUGAGAGAAAGAAGGGCCACUCUUCUUCCUCUGACCCUCCGCCCCAAGGGCAAAGUGGGGGGGCCCCCCGAAGACCCCCCGGAGGAGGAGGAGGAGGAGGCGGCGGAGGGAGGCAUGCUGCAGAACGUGAACCCCAACGGCAAGAUCCUGGGGGAGGGCAAUGCGAGUCUGGUGGGCCUGGCCGCGGAGUCCACGCCGGGGAAGCGGAUCCGGAAGCCGUCACUGCUCUACGAGGGCUUUGAGAGCCCCACCAUGGCCUCCUCGGUGCCGGCCCUCCAGCUGGCCCCGGCCAACCCUCCCCCUCCGGAGGUCUCCAACCCCAAGAAGCCUGGCCGGGUCACCAACCAGCUGCAGUACCUCCACAAGGUGGUCAUGAAGGCCCUGUGGAAGCACCAGUUUGCUUGGCCCUUCCGGCAGCCAGUCGACGCAGUCAAGCUGGGCCUCCCGGAUUACCACAACAUUAUCACUAAGCCGAUGGACAUGGGGACCAUCAAGCGGCGCUUGGAGAACAACUACUACUGGAGCUCAGUCGAGUGCAUGCAGGACUUCAACACCAUGUUCACCAAUUGUUACAUCUACAACAAGACCACAGACGACAUUGUCCUAAUGGCUCAAACCUUGGAAAAGAUCUUGCUGCAGAAGGUGGCCCAGAUGCCUCAGGAGGAGCAGGAGGUUGUGGUCACCGUGGCCAAGAACAGCCACAAGAAAGGGGCCUCUCGGGCGGCAGCACUCCUGGCUGCUGCUAAUGCCGCUGCCGCCGCUGCAGCCCAACAGGUCCCAGCCAUUUCGUCCGUGUCCCAGACACAGCUCUUCCCAGCCUCCACGGACAUCCCCACCACGGUCAUCAACAUCCCCCACCCGUCGGUCAUCGCCACACCGCUCCUGAAGCCACUCCAUGCCGCUGCUUCCUCCCAGCCUGUGCCGACCGCCCCUACCCCAACGCAGCCUGUGGCCAAGAAGAAAGGUGUGAAGCGGAAAGCGGACACAACCACCCCCACACCCACGGCCAUCAUGGCCACCACGGGUGGGGACGGCGGGGAGUCCUCCCCCUCGGGGGCCCUUUUGGAGUCGAAAGCAGCCAAGAUCCCGGCCCGGCGGGAGAGUGGGCGCCCCAUCAAGCCCCCCCGGAAGGACCUGCCGGACUCCCAGCAGCACCAGACCUCCAAGCGGGGGAAGCUCUCAGAGCAGCUCAAGUACUGCAACGGCAUCCUGAAGGAGCUGGUCUCCAAGAAGCACGCGGCCUACGCCUGGCCCUUCUACAAGCCGGUGGACGCCUCAGCCCUGGGCCUCCACGACUACCAUGAGAUCAUCAAGCACCCCAUGGACCUCAGCACCAUCAAGCGCAAGAUGGAGAAUCGGGAUUACCGCGAUGCACAGGAGUUUGCUUCCGACGUGCGGCUGAUGUUCUCCAACUGCUACAAGUACAAUCCCCCCGACCAUGAUGUGGUGGCCAUGGCUCGCAAGCUGCAGGACGUCUUCGAGUUCAGCUACGCCAAGAUGCCGGACGAGCCCAUUGACCUCAACCCUCCCUCCGCCUCGCUCCCGCAGCCGGGGCUCUUGAUGAAGUCCUCCUCAGACGACUCUUCCAGUGAUGAGGACGAUGAUGACGACGACGAUGAUGACGAUGAAGAGGGGGAUGAGGACGAGAGCAGCAGCGAGAGCUCCUCAGACAGCGAGGAGAGUUCGGACUCAGAGGAGGAGCGGGCCAACCGGCUGGCGGAGCUCCAGGAACAGCUGCGGGCGGUCCAUGAGCAGCUGGCAGCCCUCUCCCAGGGCCCUGUCUCCAAGCCCAAGAAGAAGCGGGACAAGAAGGAGAAGCGGAGGAAGAAGAGGUCCUCGUCGGAGAAGAGGAAGGGCAAGGCGGGGGACGAGGAGGCCCGCCCCCACGCGGCCCAGACCAAGAAGUCCAAGAAAGCUGGAGGGGGAAGUGGCGGCAGCGGAGGAAGCAAGAACUCGAAGAAGGGGGGCUCCAAGUCGACGCCCCCUCCGCUGCCACCGCUGCCGCUGUAUGACUCGGAGGAGGAGGAGGAGAGCAAGCCCAUGACCUACGACGAGAAGCGCCAGCUCAGCCUGGACAUCAACAAGCUGCCCGGGGAGAAGCUGGGCCGGGUGGUGCACAUCAUCCAGUCCCGGGAGCCCUCCCUGCGCGACUCCAACCCGGAGGAGAUCGAGAUCGACUUUGAGACGCUCAAGCCCUCCACCCUGCGGGAGUUGGAGCGCUACGUCCUCUCGUGCCUGCGCAAGAAGCCUCGCAAGCCCUACAGCGAGACUCUGAAGCGGCCGGUGGGCAAGACGAAGGAGGAGCUGGCCCUGGAGAAGAAGCGGGAGCUGGAGAAGCGCCUCCAGGAUGUCAGCGGGCAGCUCAACUCGGCUAAGAAGCCUCCCAAGAAGGCCAGCGAGAAGCCCGAAUCGGCCCAGCAGCAAGUGGCGGUCUCUCGCCUGAGUGCCAGCAGCUCCAGCUCAGACUCGAGCAGCUCCAGCUCCUCCUCGUCCUCCUCCUCGGACACAAGCGACUCAGACUCCAGUUAGGCCGCAGGAGGGAUGAUCAGAAGAGGGUGGACGGAUGGGGCCACACAUUGGGACCGCUUCUUCCGCGGGACCAGGACCGGGGAGACAGAAGGACUACGUUGUCCGGAGGGCGGGGGGUGUCUGCUUCCGCCGAGGCCAGCCCUCCUCCCCUUUGGACCCUUUGGGGAGGGUCCUUCCUGCUCUGUACAGUUUUGGGAGGGAAGGGGGCCGUGUUUUACUGUUUUGUUUGGAUCUUGAAAAAAAGAAAAGAAAACAACAAAAAAAUUUGUGGUUUUAUAAGGCGUUGGGCAAGUUUUGGUUUUGUGAUGCCCCUCCCUCCCCCCCCCCCCCCCCUUUCCUUCCCUGGAGGGACAAGGAAAGGAGGAGAGGCUGCGUGUGUGCGACCCACAAUGUUUGGACUUGGAGCCCAGAGCAGAGGAGAGAAGAGACUUUGUGCGUGUGUGCAGGGGGGGGCUCCCCCCCCCCUUUCCUUUG